AUGUAUCAUCGCUCAAUUCACGAGCGUGAUCAGUUCUGGACCGAGAUCGCGGGCGAACUGUACUUUGAAAAUUUGGACUCGAGCGCGUCGACGCACAACUUUGACCCGUCUCGGGGGCCCGUUCACGUGAAAUGGUUCGAGGGCGCGAGGACGAACAUGGCGUACAACUGCCUCGAAAAACAAAUUGAAAAUGGUAUGGGUGACAAACGAGCCUUGAUUUUCGAAGCGAAUGAUGAGAUUAAUUGCACGGAAUUUACGUUCCGUGAGUUGCUCGUCGAGGUGGAGACUUUCGCAAAAUUUUUGAUAGCGCACGGCGUGCAGAAGGGCGAUCGCGUGGUCAUGUACUUGCCGAUGAUUCCAGCGUUACCGAUCGCCAUGCUCGCGUGCUCGCGAAUCGGCGCAGUGCACAGCGUUGUGUUUGCCGGGUACAGCGCGAAAUCUCUCGCGCAGCGCGUUCACGAUUGCAAAGCCAAAAUGGUCAUCACCGCGAGCGCGUCCCGUCGCGCCGAAAAGAUCAUUCCGCUGAAGAAAAUCGUGGACGAAGCAAUGGAGAUUUGCAAGAGCGAUGGGUUUUGCGUAAACAAAGUUGUCGUGAAGCAUAACGCUGACAUUGAGAUCGAAGGCGUUCCGCACGUCGAAGACGUACCUUUUCAUUCGGAUCGGGAUUUGUGGUGGAACGAGAGUGUCGCCGAGUUUAGGACGGAUGGAAAGCCAGCACCUAUUGAAUUUCUGGACAGUUGCGACACGGCGUUCAUUCUCUACACGUCUGGUUCGACUGGUAAACCCAAAGGCGUCGUACACAGCGUCGGCGGUUAUCAGACGUACGUGUACGCCACCAGCAAGUUCGUCUUCGAUCUACAUGCCGGAGAGGACGUUUUGUUCUGCACCGCCGACCUAGGAUGGAUCACGGGGCAUUCAUACGGCUUGUACGGACCGCUGUUGAAUGGAUGCGCGACUGUGCUCUUCGAAGGCGUGCCUACGUAUCCAGAUGCAGGUGUGUGGUGGCAAACUGUGGACAAAUACGACGUUACUGUCUUCUACACUUCGCCGACGGCGUUGCGCACGUUGCAAGGUUACGGUGAGGAUCCUGUCAAGCGAAGUUCGCGCGCUUCUUUGCGAAUCCUUGGAACUGUCGGCGAGCCGAUUUCGAGCGAGACGUGGCUGUGGUACCACAGCGUCGUCGGCGACGAUAAACUCCCGAUUUGUGACACGUGGUGGCAGACAGAAACGGGCGGUCAUAUCAUCACACCGUUACCCGGUGCGACACCCUUGAAGGCUUCGAGCGCGACUUUUCCGUUUUUUGGAAUCGUUCCCGUGCUGCUUGAUCCGAAAGAUGGAACUGAAAUUCAAGGCGAGGGCGAAGGAUGCUUGUGCAUCAAAGAACCAUGGCCGGGGAUGUUUCUCGACGUUCACGGCGCGCACGAGCGGUACGAAAAUUCUUACUUCAAGGUGUACGAGGGUGGUUACUACUUCUCGGGCGAUGGCGCGCGACGCGAUUCCGAUGGAUACCUCUUCAUCACGGGUCGCUUGGACGACGUCAUGAACGUCAGUGGUCAUCGCAUCGGGACCGCCGAGGUUGAGUCUGCAUUAGUGCAGCACUCGAGUUGCAUCGAAGCCGCCGUGGUUUCAAUCGCGCACGAAGUCAAGGGCGAAUCCAUCGUCGCUUACGUCAUCUUAGAUCCGUCUCGAAGCAUCGAGAAACGGUCGUCGCUCGAAAUCCAUCAACGAGAACUCAUCACGAACGUUCGCAUGGAAAUCGGCCCCUUCGCGGCGCCAGAACGCGUCGUCAUCGUGAAAGAUUUGCCGAAGACUCGAAGCGGAAAGAUCAUGCGAAGAAUUUUGAAGAAAAUCGCCGCCGGCGACGUCGACGAUUUCGGCGACGUCUCCGCGUUGGCCGACCCGGGGGUCGUAGACGAGAUCAUCAAAGCCGAGAGACACGCGCGCGGAACGCGAUGA